ACUUCGUGUUAGCAAAGGAAAAUGGCAGCUUUUCAGCGACAAGUUUCUCGGUUUGGAUUGCCAACGAUUUCAUCGACAAUCUCGAAAAGUUCUGCCCAACUUACAGACACUAAGAGCAAGAGAGUGGUGUUGAUAGGAGGCACCGGGCGUGUUGGGAGCUCCAUUGCUCGCUCGCUGGCCAAGACUUCUCCGAAACUCAGGCUUGUCCUUGCUGGAAGGAACAGGGAGAAGGGCGAAGGACUAGCGUCCGAGAUUGGAGUUGGAACAACGUUUCAGAGUGUGGACAUCGAUGAUUUCGAGUCGAUAACAAUCGCUCUUGAUGGUGCUGAUCUGGUAAUUCAUUCGGCUGGCCCCUUCCAAUCCCGGAAGCGCUGCACUGUUUUAGAAGCUGCAAUCGAGAAGAAGAUUUCAUAUAUUGAUAUCUGCGAUGAUUUAUCCCACGCUCGGCUCGCCAAAUCCUUUCACGACAAAGCAGUCGAAGCUGGUGUUUCGGCAAUCGUCAUGUCUGGACUUUGUCCGGGAGUGAGCAAUAUAAUGGCAGCAGAGCUUGUUCGGAUGGCUCAAGAAAAUGCGAGCAAACCAGAAGAACUGAAAUUUUCUUACUUUAUUGCAGGGUCCGGCGGCGCGGGUCCGACUGUUUUAGCCACAAGUCUUCUGCUUUUAAACCAAAAUGUGUCAGUUUACAGUCAAGGAAAGCUGUUGAAGCUAAAGCCAUACACUGAUGAGACAAAAGUGGAUUUUGGAGAUGGAGUUGGCAAACGUUCUGUAUUUGGCAUAAAUCUUCCCGAAGUUACUACGGCUCAUGAGAUUCUAAACAUUCCAAACGUAACAGCGAAAUUUGGUACCGCUCCCUUCUUCUGGAACUGGCUACUGAGCCAAAUUGCGGGAAUGGAAUUUCUCGAAGACUACUCCAAAGUGGAGAGCUUUGCAAGAUUGUCCGAUCCAGCUGUCAGAGCCAUUGAUGUUCUUGUGGGAGGAAAGGUUUCGAUGCGAGUGGACUUGGAUUGCAAAGAUGGCACGAGAUCUACUGGACUAUACACGCAUCCAGAUCUUUCAGUGUGCGCAGGAGCAGCAACUGCAGCGUUUGUAGUUCCCAUCUUGCAAGGCAAAACACUGCCUGGAGUCUGGUUUCCCGAGGAAAGAGAAGGGAUCCCCAUAGAAUGCAGGGAAGGCCUUUUGGAGAAGGCAUCCACAGGGACGUCAAGAUAUGCAAUGAUAGUAAGCUAUUAUCAUUUACAUUGAAGGUUUCGUGAUACUAAAAGGCUAAUCAAAGCGAUACACCAUAGCAAAGAGUGGAUGGAAAUUUAACAUCAUUCACAUUCAACAUC